AAAUAGUGGAUUUUUCACCAUCUCUGUUAGUUACAAUUCCAAGUGCAUAGAAUCAUAUUAAAUUUUUUUUUACAUCAAGAUGCGGUUCGUUAUUUUUGCUGCGAUUGUUUGUUUUUGCGUCGUAGGAGCAUUGGCAAAGCAUGCUAAAUUCGAAGCACUAUUAGAAACAUGUACAGAAAAGCUAAAAGCUGAUCCUGAAGCUGUGAAAGCACUAUAUGAGACGGGUGCAACAGAUGAUGCUCAGACAAAAUGUGUAUUGGCUUGUACUAUGCAAGAAGAUGGAUCAAUGAAUGAGGCUGGUGAAGUAAAUAAAGAAAAAAUUUUGGACAUGUCUGAUGAUGUUUCUGAUGAGAUAAAAGGCAGAUAUACGAAAGUUAUUAAUGAAUGUGUUGAUGAACGUGAUGACAAUGAGUGUCAAACUGCUUAUAAAAUCUUUGCCUGCGUCCACAUGAAAUUGAAACAAGAGGAAGAAUAAGUUGAAUAAAUACAACUUGGACGAAUUCACCAAUAUUUUUAUCUACUACCAAACUUAAAUCAAUACUAGAAUGAUAUAAAAUUUGAUAUUGUGCACUAAAAUUAUCAACACCUUUGUAUAUAACCUGACAACAAUAUGUCUCUUGUAUAAUAUUUUCUAUAGGCAAAUAUAUAAAUAACCUCAAACAAAUUACCUCCAA